UGCACCGUACGACGACUGUACGACUCUUUUGUAAUACACCGUUCAUACGACGCAGCUUCCUGAACUUUCCGGUACAAAUCCAUCGUUUGAAGUUUCGCUAUAAAGUCUGCUCUGGCGCGCCAUUUCUGAUCUUCCACAAUCGCAGUUUAUUGAUCCGCAGAUUAGCAUUACAAUCGGUGUGUGUUCUCCGCAACAUUCCUUCCGCAGCGUUGCAAGGGUCAGUGUACGCCAGUACUCAAGCGCAGCCGCAGCGACAAAAUCGAACCAUGGGUGACGUUAUUCAGCGCGUUCUGGACGAUCAUUCGGAGAUCAAGCAUGCAUACGAGCGGCUGCAGCAGCUACAGGGCGAAGAGGCCGACAAAUGGUUCAACCAGCUGAUCUGGAGCAUCGCCAAGCAUUCGGCGGCCGAGGAGCUGAUCGUCUAUCCCAUGCUGGAUAAACUGGGCGGCCGCGGGAAGGCCCUGGCUGAAAAGUCCCGCCAGGAUCACCAGAAGACCAAGGAGGUGCUCUGUGAGCUGGACGGCAAAAAGGUCACGCCGGAUGUGCGCAAGAAGAUCGAGCAGAUGAUGUCGGAGCUGCUGGAGCAUAUCGGCAUGGAGGAGGGCAAAGACGGGGAUCUCGAGGUAAUUCGUCAAGGCAUCGCGCCGGACGAGCUGAUGGAUGCCGGGAAACAGUACGAGCGCACUCGCAUGUUCGUCCCGACACACCCGCAUCCCAACGCUCCUGACAAGCCGCCGUUCGAAAACGUUGCCGGCUUGCUGGCCCUGCCCAUGGAUAAGCUGCGCGAUCUCUUCCGUUCCUUUCCCGACGAGGUCAAGAAGGGUGGUCGCUGAGAGAUGCACUCUCACCGGGAUGCACCACUGUUCCGCUUCCGUUGUCGGCCGCAAUUUAGCAUACAAGUUUACUAAAAGUUUUCUUUCGCCUGGAAUUUCCUGUUUCGUUGUAUAUUCAGUAACUUGAUGAAUAUGGUCAUGCACUUCUGUAUACGACUGCGCUUUUAUAUAAGUAUGUGACUGUAUGUCUUCGCGUUCUUUGCUUUGAGUUGCAAAUAAAAUAACGAAUAAUUAAAACUGCUGCAGCUGAUGCAU